AUGACUUUAGAGAUGGAUCAUAUUAGCGGUCUACUUGACGAGGUUCUUAGCCAUAUAUUGUCCUUCCUUCCGACAAAGCUUGCUGCUUUGACAUCUGUUCUCUCUACGAGGUGGCGCAAUCUUCUUACGUUGGUCCCCAAUCUUGACAUCAGUUCUCAUAACAAGAUCGUGCAAUUAGACGGCUCUGUUUCUUGUGCAAUUUAUGGUGCUAUUCGCAAGGAUGAUAUGUAUGGAACUAUGCGGAGCUUCAUGGCUUUUAUGGAAAGGGAUUGGCUUUGCAGGCGUCUCUUUCUUUGGGACUCCAUUUCACGGGAGGACAAAAAUCUUUGGCUCACAUCUUGUCCACUGAAAAAGAUACAAAUUGAAAGUUGUGGAGGGACAACGGGAGAGAUGAGAAUGGUGAAGCAUUUGUUGGAGUCUUCCCCGUGUUUGGAGGAGAUGAAGAUAUUUGCCUUCAAGGAUUAUCAUACAGAUAUCUUUGAUCUUGUUGUGAAGAUGGUGAAUCUCUGCAACGAGAGUUACCGAGUUGUGGUGUUCAACUUCUUGUGUGUGAUCCAUCGUAUAUAA